GCUCCGCACCGCGGGCAGCGGCGGGGCCCUGCCUUCCUCCACCUCCCUCCUCCUCCUCCUCCUCACCACACCACAGCCAGGCACAAUGGCCUUUGAAAGCCUGUUCUCCAAACCCCCAAACCCAGUUCUUGACCCAAACAUGCCCGACUCUGACAGGCAACAUGCAGGGGACGAAAGAGAAGAUGGAGAGCUGGAAGACGGGGAAAUAGAUGAUGCUGCCUAUGAGGAUGUGAAGGAGCACAGCACAAAAGGGGAUGACAAGCAGAAAACCGAGAAAGGCCACCGGAAAUCCCGGAAAAAACGCAAAAAAGAGAAGGAAAAGAAGAAAUCCAAGAGGAGAAGACGGGACAAGCAUAAGCAUAAUUCCCCUUCCAGCGAUGACAGUUCCGACUACAGCCACGACUCCGACAUGGAGCGCCCGGAAAGGCCACACAAGAAGAGCAGCAGCUCUUCCUACAGGGAUUAUGAUUCGUCCUUCAGUCAGCAUGGGCACGUGUCAGGGAAUUACAUGAGUUCCCAGAAAAUGCAGCAUAAAAAAAAUGUGAAAAGUAAGGAAUAUGAUGACUACAGUCACUACAGCGAUGAAAACUUUGGGAAUUACAACGAGGAAGAAAAGGAUGAGGAUUUUGCUGACCAGCUGAAACAGUACAGACAGGCUAAGGAGACCUCCAGUGGGGAUUUGGGACCUCCAUUCCCGAAGGAGCCGGUGAAGAAACAGGGGAUGAAAGGGAUCCAGAAAGGCAUUUCCCAGCGAGGGAACAAUUACAACGUGGGCCGAGGGCGUGGGAUGCAGAAGAAGCUGAAGCGCAAAGAUCGUGGCAGGGGAAGAGGAGGCAAUAAAGGAUCUGAUGGCUUCCAUGAGGAUGGCAAACCAGUGAAGAAGUGGGUGAAUAUGAGCCAGGAGUUCAUCAACCAGCACACGGUGGAGCACAAGGGCAAACAGAUCUGUAAAUAUUUCCUCGAAGGCAGGUGCAUUAAGGGGGAACAGUGUAAAUUUGAUCACGACGCAGAGAUUGAAAAGAAAAAGGAAAUCUGCAAGUUUUACAUCCAGGGUUACUGCACCAAAGGAGAGAACUGCAUUUAUUUGCACAAUGAAUUCCCCUGCAAGUUCUACCACACAGGAGCCAAGUGCUAUCAAGGAGAUAAGUGCAAAUUCUCUCACGCUCCCCUGACUGCGGAAACAAAGGAGCUGCUGGAUAAGGUUUUGAAUAACGAGGAGGAGCCCCAGAAUGAAGAUGAGAAGGAGCUGGAGGAGCUCCGGAAGCGGGGCAUAGUUCCUCUUCCCAAACCCCCUCCGGGCGUCGGGCUCCUGCCAACCCCCCCAGAGCAAUAUCCCUUCUCCGAGUCUGACAUGGAAAAUUAUCAAGAUCCUUCAGGAGAUUAUAAGAAGAUCCCGUCUCUUUUUGAAAUAGUCGUGAAGCCCACUGUGGAUUUGGCCCACAAAAUUGGGAAGAAGCCACCGACCUUCUACAACAGCGCGUCGCCCCCAAGGCCGCCGUUCCAGGGCAACGACCCGCAUUCCCAGCACAUGUACAAUCCGGGCUCGAGUCCGGGGCCGGGCCCCGGCAUGUCCCAAGGACACAACGGGCCCCCGAUGCACCCCGGUUCUCCCGGCCACCAUCCCUGCGGAGGGCCCCCGGGGCCGGGAAUGCCGCAGAGCCCCCCCAUGCAGGGGGUUCCCCCGGGGUACAUGGGCCCCCAGAACCAGACUGGGAUGCCCAUGCAAGGGCAGCAGGGGGGGCCGCCCCUGACCCCGCCGGGGCUCGGGGGCUCCUACAAUUCCCCCGGAGUGCAGGGACACAUGGUGAACAUGCCCAGGGACAACCACUGUCCCCCGGGGCCGCAGUACCAGCAGAUGCCCGGGGAAUACGAGUCCAUGCAGAACCCCGCCGACUUCUACGACAACUACUAUUCCCACCAAGCUGUGCAUAACUUCCAGCCGGCCAAUAAUUCCGGAGAUGGAACAUGGCACGGAGAGUUCCCAGACCACCAGGCUCACCUCAUGGCUCAGGAGUCGCACGCGGGCGGGAGCGAGUCAGAAUGCAUGGGUGGCCACAUGGGCCACAACCAGGCCCUCAACGUGCCCGAUUUCCUGCCCGCCAUGCAGAAGGCCCUGUAUGCCAGGCUCAGCCAGAAGCACCAACGGGAUGGAGACUCUGCCAGCAGCCAGGGCCAGAGGGCCAUGAGCAAAGACGAAGAUGACAAUGUCAACUGGUAUUCCAGUAGCGAGGAGGAAGAGGGGAGCAGUGUUAAAUCAAUCCUCAAAACCUUAAAGAAACAAAGUGAAAACUUUAGGAAUCGGCAGCAACAUUCCACGGAGCAGCACAUGCUGGGAAUUCCUACGGAUCCCAGGCUGGCCAAGGACAAAGGUAUGGGGCCUCAGACUGCUGACCCGAGACUUCGGGCCUCUCCAAGGCCCAAUCCCAGGAAACCCUCCGAUUCGGCAUCCUUGGACCCCCGGCUGGCCCGCGAUCCGCGGAUGCACAAGGUGAGCGAAGGCCACGCCGGCUCCUCCCUCGGGGCGGCCAAGCUGGAUUUGCACCACGCGCACACCGGAGUCAAAGUCAAGCAGAAAGGGAUGGACGACGACGAGGAGGACUCGGAAAGAGAGCUGAGGGAACGGGCUUUCCUCAUUCCCUUGGAACCUUUGCCCGGCGUCACGUUAAGGGAUCCCCGCUCCCAGCUCCGGCAGUUCAGCCACAUCAAGAUGGAUGUGACCCUGAUGAAACCCAACUUUGCCAAGCACAUCGUCUGGGCCCCGGAGGACUUGCUCCCAAUCCCUUUGCCUAAGCCCGACCCCGUCUCUUCCAUCAAUUUACCUCUCCCUCCGCUCAUUGCCGACCAGAGACUGAACAAACUGCGGAAUCUGAAGAAUGAUCCGCACCCGAACGCGAUGCCGGCCGACCCCCGGCUCGCUGCCAAGGCCAAGAACAGCCUUGCGGGCCGGAGCGGCUACUUGGAUCCGGCUGCGGAUUCCCACGCCAGUAGCUCCAGCAAACUGGGGGAUCCCCGCUUGCAAAAGAAUGUGGAUCCCAGACUCCACAGACUGUCGAGCGCAGACGCGCACCACGGAGUCGGGAAGGAUUCCCACCCUCCCAAGUUUGACCCCCGGCUCGCCAGAGCUGCUGCCAGCUCAUCCCAGCCCUCGGAAGCCGCGACUCCGAAACCCGACCCCGACGCUCUGCCUCCGUACGCGCCCAAACUGUCCUCCAGCGGCGUCAGGCUGGGAACGCCCGGCUCCAUCCUGAGCGGGAUCAGUUUGUACGAUCCCAGGGAUCACGGCUCCGCCUCGGACACGGCGCCAGCCAGUUCGGGAGAGAACGGAGAGAACCAGAAAAAAAGUAUUUUGAAAAAUUCCAGUAAAAGCGAGCCCAGCCUGGCGGAAGACGCGUCCCUGCAGAAAGCCGCCUCCAACGCGGAAAAAACCACGGAAGGAUCAGCGGAGUCUGCUUCGGACAAAGCGAACAGCACCAGUAAAUCUCAGGCUAAACACUCCAGCGCUGCUCCUGCCGUGCAUAAUCUCCCGAUCCAGGCUUUGUCGGGAUUAAUCAGGCCGCAGUACAGCGACCCCAGGCAGGUGAGGCAGCCCGGACAGGUAACGCAGACCCCGGAGAACGAUCCCAAUGGGGAGUCGGAUGAUAAAUCCUUGAAAGAUGUUUUCAAGACUUUUGAUCCAACCGCUUCCCCGUUUUGUUAGCAGAUGGCUUUGGAGCCUUUUUACCGUUGUGGAUAUUGCAGUUCUCUGCUGUUUUGUACCUGGGUUACCUCUUUUGGCUUUAUUUAUUUUUAAAUUAUAAUUCCCACCACUUUUCAGCUGCUAAUCCCGAACCACACGCAGUUCUCCAGUGCGCUCGAGUGUUUGCAAAGCUGUGGUAUUUUCUAGAGAAUCCUUUUUUUUUUUUUUUUUCCAAUUUCAGGGAGACUAAUAAUUGACCUGUAGAAAGGAAACCAAUUCCCCCCGGAUCGUGUUAGAGCUGAGAAAAGCACUUUCAUUGUAAAUAAGUCAUGGAAAAUCCCCCGAGCUGUAUAUGUGUGAGCUGCCUCUUCCCAACCACCACUUAGAUCCGAUUGCCACAUUUGUAUAGAUCCAAGCAAUAUUAUGUACAUUAAUUCCCGGGAGAGACGCCGUUCCAGGACUGCCAAACCCCCGAACCGAUGGAAAACCUGCGUAAAUGAAUUCCAAGGAAACCGUCGCUCCUCCUUUUCCGAUGCGUUGAUGUAAGACACGGACAGUUUUUAUUCCUGCAGUCGAUAUUAGUGUAAAAGAGACUCUAUCGCAUAUUGAGGAUGAAAUAAAAAUGUCAUAUCUUUUCAAAGUAUUUUAUUCUAUGCUGUACAUAGAAAAAAAUUGUGAAGUACAUAACUAGGAGAAGUAACUGUUCAAAGUGGAGAGAACUACGUUGUCUAAUACGAGAAAUAAAAAAAAGGUUUUUAUUUAAUUUCUUUUCCACACCUACACGAUUGGGAUUUAGUGCUCCGAGUUCCAUUGUGGUGUUCAUGUAUUUCAACGUAUUUUUGUAUUCAGCUGCUUAAUUUGUAUUGCUUUUUUUGUAUGGCUGUAACCGCAGUACUUGUAUUCAUGGUGUCUCGGCGACAUUUUUAACAAAACAAUUAAAAAGGGUACCGUUAA